AUGUUAUUAUCAGAAGCAGAAUGUACAACACUCACUCAAAUGCUUUUAUCUGGCGUUCGAAUUGAUGGUAGAACCUUAAAAGAGUACCGUGAAAUUAAUUUUCGCUUUCCAAGUGGCCAUCCAUGUGGAGGUUGUUGUAUAGUUAGUAUUGGUUCAACAUCUGUUCUUGCCAAAGCAUCUGCAGAAGUUGUCGAGCCAAAACAUUACAGACCGGCUCAGGGUGUUGUGUACGUCAACUUUGAUGCCACUGUAGUUUCUUCCUUGGAGGGCAAACGAAAGGGUCGCUCUAGGGAUGAUGAGGGCAGGCGUCUUUCCUCUGUUCUGCAAACAUGUUUCCGUGAUUGCAUUGAUGUUGAUGCUCUUUGCAUUGUUGCAUGGGAACGAGUAUUUGCUAUUCGUGUGGACCUGAAAGCCUUAUCUUAUGAUGGUAACCUUGGUGAUUGCGGCGCUCUAGCGGCUAUCGCUGCCCUCGCCUCAUUUCGACGACCGGACGUCUUUGUUAAUGACAUCGGAAAGGUAGUCGUUGACACCGCCAUGAAACACCGUCCACCUGUUCGCCUGAAUCUGCGACGAAUUCCAGUUCUUGUGACCUUGGGACUAACGGCAGACACCAAGGUCAUUUUCCAGGAUCCCACCCACCGUGAAGAGGCGAUUAUGACGGGGGGUCGAGUUAUGGUCGGUCUCACCGCUCAUGGGGAACUCUGUUGCGUCCACACAUCUUGCCUUACCACAUCUAUCCGCCCAGAAAGUCUUUCCAGAUGCAUUACAAUGGCGAAUAGCCGAGCUAAGUCUCUAGUCGCCUUGGUUCAUCGUGUUCUUGAGGGUUUGGAACGCCAGCGCGCAGCAAUGAUAGCUGCAGCAGCUGCUCGAUCGAGUGACCUUGAUAAGGCCAAUCAGGAGCUACUAGAUGUCCCCCUUGUUCUCAGUUCAACUUCCUUCCUCCCUGGAGGUGAAAAUGCUCCCGAUGGGCUGAGGCACGUAGAAGAGGGCGAAGUAGCCGGAGACUAUGAUGAUGACAAUGAAGAAACAUCAGAUAUGGAAGUGGACAGUGAAUCUGAUGGAGUAGUAGAAUCCAAAUCUGAAGGUGUUAGAAAUCCCUAUGGAGUUAUUGAAGUCUUGAGUCUUAUGGCAGAGAAGGAGAAGUUGGGAGCAGGAGGGAACGAUUUUGAGGAUUUGAAAGGAGGAAUCCAGUCAAUUGAAUCAGAUGUUACAGCGAAGAUCCUACCUUCGAGGGCGAAAAGUAGAAAAGCGCCUUUUAUUGUGAAGGUAGAAGAUGAGGAGGAGGAAGAGGAAACAGUUGUUCAACUGUCUUGA